AUGGACUCGCCGGACACGAACGCGGCGGCGGACGACGAGUGCUCCGCCAUCACCGCCGUCGCCGCUGUCGGCAACGACGCGGCUCUCGAUCCCUCUAUCGCGGCCUCGCUGUCGAAGAAACCAAAGCGCUUCGAGAUCAAGAAGUGGAACGCCGUAACGCUCUGGGCUUGGGGUGCGUAAAUCACCUCUCCAGACUUUCGGAGUCGUCCUCAUGUUUCCUCGUCCUCUUCUCCCUCCCUGACAAUUCUGGUGCCAUUGGUCUCUCUCUUCGAUGCAGAUAUCGUGGUGGACAACUGCGCGAUCUGCCGGAACCACAUCAUGGAUCUCUGUAAAGCCUCCCCCAAUUUUUCUGCUCCCCCCUUCUCCGAUCUGCCUUGAUUGGGGGUUAGGGUUGGCGUCCAUGAGCUUCUCCGCUGGCUUUUUCUGCUUAUUGGUUGUAAAUUGCGCGCAGGUAUCGAGUGCCAGGCCAACCAGGCAAGCAACACCUGCGAGGAAUGCACUGUCGCUUGGGGUACGCUCUCUCUCUCUCUCUCUCUGUAAUGCUAGCUUUACAUCUCGAUCUAUGCUGCUGUUUGAGUCGAUUUGGCUUCUGAUUCUUGGACCUCAUCGCCUUGCUCUGUGGAUUUAUUUUCAUCCGCCUGGAAUUAAGAUAGAAGAUGUAACCAGAUUGUAAAAAUAUCAGGAUUGGACCCAAUCUAACCCUCUGAUUGUUCAGAAGUGGAUAUAAAAUCAUGUGAAAAUAUUGGAGCCCACCCACCCUUGCCAUCAUUGAAGCCUGCUAGAACUUGGAUGAUCAUGAUUGUCAAAGUCAAAACCACGCUGCCGAGUGAACCUCCUGUGUGAUCAUCAUAUUCAGUACAUUAAUUGAUCAUUUGGUCUAUGAUCUGUGUUGCAAGCAACAGUGAGAUCCCCAGAGUCUCAUCAAUCGGGGCCAGAAACUAUGCAUUCCUGAUUUGUGGAAUCAUUCACUCAUGGCUUUUGGAAAUCAUGGGGGCGGGGGAGGUUGCAUACUGAAAGGGGACUGAAAUUAGGAAAUGAGUUGACGAUCUCACAGUCAGUCGUCUUUCUGUGGGCAAUCUGAUGGUGAAAGCGUUGGAAAGCAAUUUAGAUUCCCCUUGUCGUAAUUCGACCUUACUAGAACUUGGACCAUCAGGAUUCUAAAAGUCAAAGCUACAUGUAUUGAGGGUUGAAAUCAGGAAAUGAGUUGACCAUCUCGCUGCUAGUCGUCUCUCUUUGGGCAAUCCGAGGGUGAAAGCGUUGUUAGAACUUGGAUCAUCAGGAUUCUAAAAGUCAAAGCUACAUGUAUUGAGUGUUGAAAUUAGGAAAUGAGUUGACCAUCUCGCUGCUGCUCGUCUUUCUGUGGGCUAUCUGAGGACGAAAGCGUUGUUAGAACUUGGAUCAUCAGGGUUCUAAAAGUCAAAGCUACAUGUGUUGGGUGUUGAAAUUAGGAAAUGAGUGACCAUCUCGCUGCCAGUUGUCUUUCUGUGGGCAAUCCGAGAGUGAAAGCGUUGGAAAGCCAUUUACAUUCCCUUUGUCAUGACUCGACCUUGUUAAAACUUGGACCAUCAGGUUCCCAAAAGUCAAAGCUAUAUCAAUCGAACCUUCUACACGAUUGGAUUUAAACACUGAAGGAGCAAUUGACCUAUGAUCCAAUCUACAACAUCUAGAUCCAUCCCCCCAGAGCAAUCUGACGGCGGGGGGGGGGGGGGAGGGAUUGAAACUGGCAACUGCGUUGACCAUCUCACUGCCGGCCCUUCUGUGGGCAAUUUCCCUUCACUUACCCAUCUCAGUUCUUCUUCUCUUCUUCCAGAGGAUGCGAACCCGUUUCAAUAAAAGAUGUACGUGGUUUGCUGAAGAUUUACAAGAUGGAAAUCCAUUUCUUCCGGCAAUCGUCUGUUUGUGUUUCCAUUUCUGGAAACAUAAACAGACGAUUCAUCGUCGGAUAUCUCUGCUUAAACGAUCACUGAGAUGAACCUGGGAUUCCCUCUGCCUGACAGGGGUUUGCAACCACGCGUUCCACUUCCACUGCAUCAGCAGAUGGCUCAAGACCCGGCAAGUUUGCCCACUCGGUAAGUCUCGCCCUGCCACUUGUAAUCAUAUUACCCUCCAUGACAAACUCCUCUUCCUCCUCCAAUGUGUUCUUCGCCUCUGCAGAUAACAGCGAGUGGGAGUUCCAGAAGUACGGCCACUAG